AUGUCGGAUACAAAUGAAAAUCAAUCAAAAACAGAAGAGAAUCUUAAUCAACAACAAGAAAUUAUUGUUUCUCAACAAAAUAAUUUACAACAAACACCAAUAACAACACCUAAUAAUAUUCCUCCUAUUCGACAACGACAAUCACCAUGGGCAAUAUUCAAAUCUUUUCUAUUUCGAAUUGUAAUGAUUUAUUUUGUAACACGAUUUUUUCGUCGACCAGCAACAGUUAAUCCAAUAGCAAAUGAAACAUUAGUAGUAAAUUCACCAAUUUCAUCGAAUAUUUUUACACCUGGAAAUGUUUACACUUCAGGCGAUUUACUUGAUAUGUAUAUAUUUAUUAAUGAAGAACCAAAAUAUAAAUAUAAUCUAAUGCGAAAACCUGUUUUAAAAUUGGACCAUCUUAAAUAUGGAGAUUGGACAACUAGUGGAACAGUUGUAAAAUUUAUUGAAUUUCCUAUAUCCGAAAAUGUACAAAAUAAUGGUUCGAUUUAUUUACAUGUUGUUGUAACAAAACAUGGCUAUUCAAUUGAUCCAAAUAUAUACGAAUCUCAUUCAGCACAAUAUACAUUUUGGAAAAGUAAACGUUUGAAUAAAUUUAAGAAAAAAGUUUAUAAGAAAACAAAAAAUCUUCUAACGGGCAAUACUGAACAAGAUGAAGAAUAUCAAAAGAAAGCAAGUGAUAAACUUGUUGAACGUUUAUCACAUUGGCAUUCAAAUAUGACAAUUAAUAUACUUGAUGAUCAAUCAUCAUGGAUCAAAGGCAGUAUACCACCACCAUUAGAUAAAUAUGUUGAUUUUGAUCCUUAUACUGGAAAAUAUUAUCCAGUUCUUUAUUUAAAUGACUAUUGGAAUCUUCUUGCUGAUUAUUAUCCAAUUAAUAAUACACUUGAUAAACUUAAUUUAACAUUAACUAUUGCACCGAUACAGUUAUGGAAAUGGCAAAUGUACAUAUCACAAAAUUUACGUCAAUCAUGGUAUGGAAAUUUACUUGGUGAUGAAGAAAAUGAUGAAGAUCAAGAUACUAUCAAACGUGCACUUGUUGAAACAAAUCCAUAUUUACUUGCCAUGACAAUGAUUGUUUCACUUGUACAUACAGUUUUUGAACUAUUAGCAUUUAAAAAUGAUAUUCAAUUUUGGCGAACACGUAAAUCUCUUGAAGGUUUAUCUGUCCGAAGUGUAUUUUUUAAUAUCUUCCAAAGUUUUAUUGUCUUAUUAUAUGUAUUUGAUAAUGAUACAAAUACAAUGGUUCGUGUUAGUGUUUUUAUUGGUAUACUUAUUGAAUUAUGGAAAGUACCGAAAGUCCUUAAUUUUCAACGUUUACCAAAUGAAACAUGGUUUGGUAUAAUACCAAAAUAUAAAUAUGUUUAUAAACAAUCAUAUCAAGAUACAGCUACAUCUAAUUAUGAUCAGAUAGCUUUUAAAUAUUUAUCAUGGCUUUUAUUUCCAUGUGUUCUUGGUUAUGCAUGUUAUUUAUUAAUGUAUCAUGAACAAAAAAGCUGGUAUUCAUUUUGUUUAAGUACAAUUUAUGGAUUUUUAUUAACAUUUGGUUUUAUUAUGAUGACACCACAAUUAUUUAUUAAUUAUAAACUUAAAUCUGUCUCGCAUUUACCUUGGCGUAUGAUGACAUAUAAAGCAUUGAAUACAUUUAUUGAUGAUUUAUUUGCUUUUGUUAUUAAAAUGCCAACAAUGUAUCGAUUAGGAUGUUUUCGUGAUGAUAUUAUAUUUUUUAUAUAUCUUUAUCAACGAUAUAUUUAUCCAGUUGAUCGAACACGUACAAAUGAGUAUGGUACAACAGGUGAAAUAGAUGCUCCUAUUCCAUCUGUUGAGAAUGAAGUCUCAAAAUCUAGUCAAAUCGAACAAUCAAUCUCAGAUACAAUGAAUGAGCAACAUGAAAAAGUCGAAUAA